CUACGUCAGUCCUUGUGACUUGCAGCACCUCAUGCAAGCAAAGCCAGUCGCGACAACACCAACUCAACGCCGCCUUAGAUAACCCGCCAUGUCGUCGUGAGACAGACGCCCCUCGAUAGACCCCCCCGCGAUUUCCACCUUUCUACCGCCGUUCGCCCUAUGAAUCCCGCGUCGAGACCGAGCCCUCGACUCUACUGACCCUGCGUCCUGAUGCCGCCGCCGCCAUGGGGGUAACAAAUUGGGUUACCGAGCGCCAGAUGGAGGUGGACGAGUCGCAGAACCAGCGGGAUAAACGGGUCGAGGACCUCUGGAGGCAAUUGGACCCCCAGGGGACGGGACAUUUGGACUUUAAGGGGUUGCAGAAGGGGUUGAAGAAGAUUGAUCACCGUUAGCAUCAAACUCUGCCCGAAGCUCCCGUGUGGUCUGGGUGCUGACGUUGCCCUUUAGCUAUGAAAAAUGCGGACGAUAUGUUGCGGAGGAUCAUGACCGUCGUCGACACCAACGACGACGGUGUGAUUCAGUAUGAAGGUAAGCUGCGAAUUGGGGGGCUAUCAGACUAGAAGCUGAAGCUACUGGCCGGGUUCCCCUUGUCUUGGAUUGGAUAUGAUAUCGAGGACGGCCGCUGACAAUGACCUCUCGCCAGAGUUCCGCUACUUUGUCGAGCAGACAGAGAGGCAGCUCAUGCUUCUUUUCCAGUCUAUAGACAAGGACCAUGAUGGGAGACUUGACAAGACUGAACUACAGGAGGCCUUCCGACGAGCUGGGCUGGUUGUGCCGAUGCGCAAGCUCAGCUCCUUUUUUGGUGAUAUCGACAUGAACAACGAUGGCUACAUAAGCUUCGAAGAAUGGCGGUAAGUUUCUCAGCAUUCAGUAGAGUAUGUUGUGAGUCCAUGGGUGUUGUUGUAAGCCCAAGCCGCAAAGCGAGGUGUAGAGGGAAAGGUGGCCGGUUAUCCGACGUAUUUGGGAAGGUCCGGAUCUAGGCCCAGGCGCACUACUCCACGGUGACCGGCCGUGAUGUUUUCGGUGUGGCUCGGUGUACAGGUGUACAGUUGUAUGCCUAAGGUGGGCGAGAGGCUUCUCCGAUGGAUGCCCUAGUGCCGUUGUCGGGUUGCUCCUUCCUCUUUUUCUUCUUGGAAAAACCUCUCCUUCUGUUCUGCUUGGAGAGUGAAUCACUGACAGAGCCCGGACACGCGCAGAGAUUUUCUUUUGUUUAUGCCAACACACAAUGGCCACGCCCCUCUGAAGGCCGUGUUGGACUUUUAUUCUUCCAUCGUCACCCUCACUGCUGAAGGUGACUCGAUGGUAUCGGAGGAGACACUUGAAGGUUUAGGUACGACCGGCUUCCUUCUGCAAACCCUCUUUGGAUCCAUUUUGAGGAUCGCAUCCCCUUCGGAUCGUGAGCCCGGCACCACCACCGAGUCCUUUGCUUCCUCCGCCACCGCCGACGAAGACGGCCGCCCCGUGGUGAUGGUUGUCCCCUCCCAGGAAGGCGCUGCGUCGCCCGUUCCUACCACAGCUGCGCAGCUUUCCACCUUGUCAAAACCGCAGCAAAAUCAACAAACUUCACCAGACAGCCUCACUUCUGCCACAGAUUCCGCCCAACAGCAAAUAUCAAAAACAACAACAUCAUCAGGAACCGCGACAACCGCGACAACAACACAAGCCGUGAUACCCAUCUCUCCUCCAGGCUUUUCAGGUACCAGCGCCAACAUGAACAAUAUGAACAUGGAGGCAGCGGUGCUGCAGGCGUGCAUCGAGGCCGGAAACGAGAAGCGCACAGGCAUCCUCCGAAGACUCCCCGGCGUCGGCACCUCUCAAGCGAACCAGGUCACAGACAGCAGCUCCGAGCAAGGCUCUAGCUCAGAUGCAACUGUAGCACCCAAGACCAAGAGACUGACUGACUUCGCCCCUGAUCCAGGUUACUUUGUCGCAGGUGCCGUCGCCGGAGGACUAUCGCGGACUGCCACUGCUCCUCUCGAUCGUCUCAAGGUCUACCUGCUCGUCAACACUCGAGCCAGUACCGAGACUGCGGCCUCUGCUCUGAAGCAGGGACGUCCGCUGGUUGCUCUGAACAACGCUGUGCGACCUUUUAGCGAUGCCGUCAAGGAUCUCUGGAAGGCAGGCGGCAUGCGCAGUCUUUUUGCAGGCAACGGACUCAAUGUCAUCAAGAUCAUGCCUGAGAGCGCCAUCAAGUUCGGAUCCUAUGAGGCCGCAAAGCGAACCCUUUCUAAGUUCGAGGGACACAACGACCCCAGACAGAUCAGCAGCACCUCAAAAUUCGUGGCGGGAGGUGUAGCUGGCAUGGUUGCUCAGUUCUGUGUAUACCCGCUCGAUACACUCAAGUUCCGGCUCCAGACGUCGACGGUCCAGGGCGGCCUCACUGGCAAUGCACUUGUUAUCGAUACUGCCAAGAAGAUGUGGCAGGCGGGAGGCAUGCGCAUCGCCUAUCGUGGUGUCACCAUGGGCCUCAUGGGCAUGUUCCCGUAUAGUGCCAUUGACAUGGGCACAUUUGAGUUCCUCAAAUCCUCCUACAAGAGAUACAUGGCCAAGUACAAGGGCAUUCACGAGGAGGAUGCCAAGCCGGGCAACAUCAUGACUGGUCUCAUAGGAGCGACCAGUGGUGCUUUCGGAGCGUCAGUGGUGUACCCACUCAAUGUCCUCCGCACCCGUCUCCAGACGCAGGGAACAGUCAUGCACCCUGCAACUUAUACCGGCAUCGUGGAUGUCGCACGGCAGACGUUCAAGAAUGAGGGUGUGCGGGGCAUGUACAAGGGACUCACGCCUAACCUGCUCAAGGUUGCUCCCGCCCUGAGCAUCACAUGGGUUGUGUAUGAGAACUCGAAGAGAAUUCUCGGUCUGGAGUGAAGAGACAAAGACUCUUUUGGGAUGGUGGUUGAUCUGGACAAGAGAAGGGGAGUGGACUUUUACUACAAGACGUCAAAGAGACACCACAAAAGCCAGGAGGUAUAUUCUUGGGUUCCUCAUUUGAAUUGUGGAGGAAGACGAAGAUUUUUGGAAGGCGACAUGGGGUCGCCUACGUAUGGCCAGCUCAAGGAGAGCGGCACACUCUGUUUUGUUACAUAGCCCCGUCGUCAAUGGCGUUUGGAAGACGUGGUCAGAGAGAGAGAAAAAGAGAUACCAGAGAAGACUUUUGCUCGCUGCAAGGGUGGAUGGAACCAGGCUGGCGGUAGCUGUCGGUAGCUUAGCUGCACUGCGGUGCGGAUACAGGAGCGGGAAGCCCCAGAGAUGUUUGCUCAAUACAGCCG